AUGCCUAGCAUACGGAAAACGCUCGUCGCCGCGCUCAUGGCCUUUCCCGCGGCUAUGGGCCACAGCUGGGGCGAGCAACUUCGGAAUAUCGACGACAAAGGCAACUACGUCGGUCAAUAUGGAUACCCGCGGGGGUUCGUCGACCGAGGCAGCAAUGCUCCUGGCUCGGGUGACGCCAUGUCCUACCGCGUGAACGAAGGCAGGGCCUAUAUCAACAAGGACGACAUGGUCUGCCCACCCACCCAACGCGAACAAAAGCAAGCAAAUGCCGAUAAGUUCCCUCGUCUCAAAUCUCCACCGGGUGGCUACGUCGCUAUACGAUAUCAAGAGAAUGGACAUGUUACGAGCGCAGACACCAACCCCGAGAAGCCCGAGAAGGGUGGCACGAUCUUCGUCUACGGAACCAAGGAACCAAAGCCUGACGACAAGCUUGUUGAUGUACUGCAGUGGACAAAAGAUGGGCAAGGUGGCGACAAGCGUGGAGUCCUGCUAGCCAUGACCGAUUACGAUGACGGACGAUGCUAUCUAAACAACGGUUCGCCAAAAGCCAAAGAACGCGAACAGUUUUCUCCAGCCUAUGCGAUGGGCUCACCUCAAAGCGGGCCUUCGAACACAGUCAUGUACUGCGAGACAGAUGUCAAGCUUCCAGAUACCAUGGAACUCAGCAAAGCCUACACCUUGUACUGGGUCUGGCAAUGGGCAUCGAUGCCUGGUCGAGCUGGCUUUCCCAAAGAAGGCAAGGAUGAGUACUUUACUACAUGUAUGGACAUCGACGCCGCAUCCGCCGAUGUUGCCAUGGCAGCUGAAGCUCCUGAAGCGAUGGCGAAGUUCCAGAUGCUGCAACAGGAUGGUGUCACUACCGCCCACCCCGACUUCAAGUCUCGGACUGCUCUUUUCACCGACUCACCGUUCAAGCGCGAAUACGGCCCAGUCACAUCCGAGAUCUCACUUCCUGGUGGAGGUUCUGGCUCUGGCGACGCUCCUUUCCCCACCAACAGCACUCCGCCCGCGGGUCCUACAGCUCCAGUCACCACCAGCGCUAUUCCCGUUCCAAGCGCUGCACCCCCAGCCCCCAGCAACUCUCCUCCGAUAUCUGCCAUCGUCCCCUCUGCUACCGCCCAGCUGCCAUCUCCCAGCAACUCAGCGGCCUCCAGCGCUACUAUGGAGAUCCCGACACUUUCAGGUCGUCCCGGUGCCGCACCAACGCCACCAGCCGGCGACAACGGCGUUGUCACAGUCACUGACACUGUCAUGGUCACUGUCACAGCGCCUGCUCCGACAGCGCCUGUUGCUACUCCACCCGCUCCCCCGGCAGUCGCUCCACCGGCUAUCACUCCUCGCGCAGUGCACAGCAUCUACCACAGGAACGGUGCCAAGUUCAGGGGACUAUAG